AUGGCGAAGGAGAAGAAGCGGAAGCAGCCUCCCACCGACGCGUCGCCGCCCCCGGGCGACAAGCGCGAGGGGAGGAGCGAGCGGAAGGGCAAGAAGGCCAGGAAGGAGAAGGCGGAGGCGAUACUGCCGUCGCAGAUCAAGAACAAGGACAAGCGCCGCGAGGUGCACGCCAAGCUCAAGCGGGAGAAGAAGGCCCAGAAGCGCGCGCUUGCCCGCGAGCGCGGCCAGUCCGCCCGCCGCGCCGAAGAGCUCGGGGAGCAGGCAAGCGAGCGCUCUUCGAACUGCCCACGCCACCUGUUGAGCUUGCAGUUUUUGGUUCGGUUUGGUUCUGAUUGCUUUGGGUGUUUGCAGCCGCCGGAGAGGCAGGUGCCCCGGACGAUCGAGAAUACCCGGGAGCCCGAUGAGACUGUGUGCCGGCCCGACGACCAGGAGCUGUUUGCAGGAAAUGAUGCGGAUGAAUUCAAUGCAGUUCUAAAGCAGCACAUAACCCCGAAAAUCCUGAUUACGACAUGCCGCUUCAAUUCAGGGAGGGGACCUGCAUUUAUUGACGAGUUAAUGCAAGUGAUACCGAAUUCCCAUUAUGUAAAAAGGGGAACAUACGAACUCAAGAAAAUCGUGGAAUAUGCAAACAAUAGGGAUUUCACCUCACUUAUUGUUGUCCACACAAAUCGAAGGGAACCUGAUGCUCUGCUUAUGAUUGGGUUACCUGAUGGCCCUACUGCACAUUUCAAACUAUCGAAACUUGUUCUUCGGAAGGACAUAAAGAACCAUGGCAACCCUACAAGUCAUAAGCCAGAGCUAGUAUUGAACAAUUUCACUACACGCCUUGGUCAUCGUGUUGGAAGGAUGAUACAAUCUCUCUUCCCUCAAGACCCCAAUUUCCGUGGGCGCCGUGUUGUGACCUUCCAUAAUCAGCGAGACUACAUAUUUUUCCGUCAUCACAGGUACAUCUUUGAGACAAAAGAAAAGAAGGUUGCUUCGAAGGACAAGAAGGCCAAGGCAUCUGAAAGCAAAAGCGAAUCUGAGAAGCAAGUGAUUUGUCGCCUUCAGGAAUGUGGGCCUCGCUUCGUUCUAAAGCUGCUCACCUUGCAACAUGGGACCUUCGACACGAAAAGUGGGGAGUACGAGUGGGUUCACAAGCCGGAUAUGGAUACGAGCAGGAGGAGAUUCUUCUUGUGA